AUGGCAAGCACCGUCCCAGCACCUCAACCCUCCGCAAUCCCCAAAGGCAAUGCCCAGCAAGUACGACAAACCUCGCGCAAAGAAGAAAAGGAAAGAAACUUAGGAAUGAACCUCGCCUCAUCAAUCCCCCAACCAAAGCUCCGUCUUCACGUACAAGACCUACGGCAUCCAGCCUCAAGCGCUUUCCUCACUCUCCUCCCAGACGUUGCGUCAACACUCGACAAAGCCCUAACAAACAUCAUUAAAUACCUCUAUACUUCACCCCCAAAGUUGGAGAACACCCAGCAGCCCUUCUUCACACCCAGCAUCCCGCCAACAAGAUCCGUAACAGUUUUCCUACGCGAUUACAGCGGCGUGGCAUACACAACAGGCACAGAGCUCGACGAUGCACACAAGGAAAUCCACGUCUCGCUCCCGUACAUCCAGCACUGUACCUCUGGCCCAUCGGCGAAAGAUGACCCGCUCCAUGAGCUGGUGGGAGUCCUGACCCACGAGCUAGUGCAUUGCUAUCAGCACACAGCGCCGCCCAGCUCCUCAGAUCAUAGUAGCAAGGAGAUCCCGCGUCCGCCGGGCGGACUUAUCGAGGGCAUAGCUGACUUCGUGCGGCUGAAGGCUGGUCUGGAGCCGCCACAUUGGAAACGUCCUCUUUCUGCGGCGGAGCGGCCGCCGAAGUGGGAUAUGGGGUAUCAGCAUACGGCGUAUUUUCUGGCGUGGAUUGAGGAUGUUAGGGUUGGGAGGGGUGCGGUGGGGAUGUUGAAUGAUCGGCUUUUGAGAGUUGGUUAUGUGAGGGAAGGGGAGGGGGAGGAGGUGCGUGAACAGAGUAUUGGAUUCUGGAAGGGUCUUUUCGGGGUUGGGGUUGGAGAAUUGUGGGAAGAGUAUGGCCUAUAUCUGGAUAGUCCUACAAAGGUGGGUGUCGGGAGAAGUAGCGGGAACUGGGAGGAUGAGAUUCUUAACCCAGAGUGA